GCGGGGGCCGUGAACGCAACACUGCGCUGGCAGCGGCUCUACCAGCAGCUCCGUCUCUCUCUCUCGAGUUCAUCCGGACUACCGGCUGCAUCCACCGGCUCCCGGCCGGUCCUGGUCCCCGUCCUGGUCCCGGUGCGGGUCUACUGUCGGCGGAUCUGUCUCCAGGAGGGGUUAUCUCGGCUGCAGGCGGAUCUCAGAGCGGUUUAUCGACUUCACAGACAGGAAGUUGUGAUGAAGCUGAGAACCGGGGGGGAGUGUGGAGAAGACUGAAGGAGACCUAACAGCUCAGCCUCCUCGUGUCCUCGGUAAAAACACAUGACUGUUUCUCCACCAGCCGACACGAGGAGCGAGAGCGACAGCGAGAUGAGGUGGACGGCCGGCGGCAGGAUGCUGUGGAGGCUGCUGCUGGUGUGUCUGCUGCCUCAGGUGAGCAGCAGCCGGCUCGUCAGCCAGGACGUCGUUUACAAAGGACCACACGGCCACGAAGAGGUUGCCGUGACGACGAGACCCCACAUAUAUAACUGCCGCUCGCCCAACAUGGAGGUGUUCACCUGCUGGUGGCAUCCGCUCGACAACCUGACCGACGACGAGCAGGUCACCUACGUCCUCACCUACUCCAAAGAUAAAGGGCCCAACCACGAAUGUCCGGACUACGUGACUGCCGGCGCCAACAGCUGCUUCUUCGGCAUCAGCCACACGACCGUCUGGAAGAUCUACUGCAUGAACGUGACCGCCGUCACCUCCCGCGGGAACUACACCUCGCAGGAGAAGUGUCUGGACGUGGCCGAUAUCGUUCAGACCGAGGCCCCGGUGAACCUGACCCACGAGCUGACGGACGCCGGCGGGGACGAGAUGGGUCACAACGUGCUGCUGUCCUGGUCCUACCCGGUGCCCUCGGACCUGCAGUACGGCUGGAUCACGCUGCUGUACGAGCUGCAGUACAGACGAGUCAACGAGCCCGACAACUGGAAGGUGAAGCUUCCUCUCCGGGAGCCUCAUGUGGAGCUGCUCGGCCUCCCCGUCGGCGACUACGUGGUGCGAGUUCGCUGCCGCUCGCACAACUACGGCCUGUGGAGCGAGUGGAGCAACACGCUGCAGAUGAGCAUCCCCGCCAGGCCGCCGGCAGGUAAACUGCUGGUGAGGAUUCUGGUGUCGGGAGUCGGCGUCGUGGCGCUGCUGAUUAUCGCCUUCGGUGUUCUUCCACAGAGCAAGAGAAUAAAAGACUACUUCCUGCCGCCCAUUCCAAAGCCGCGGAUCAUCGGCAUCGACCCGCUGCUCCUGAAGAAGGGGAACUUGGACGAGAUCAACCAUCACUUCAGUAACUUCCACAGCUACAGACCUCCGAGCUACACUGACGAGGUUUGGGAUCAGGUCAACGGGGACGCCGUCUAUCUCACCACGCCGAGGGCCUGCGGUGUCCCGGCCGGUCCGACGGACAGGGAUAAGGAUGCUUUGAUGGUUCCGUGCGUCCUGACGCCCGUGGCCUCCCAUCAUCAGUUUACGACCCAAAACCCAGCGUCGUACAUGCAGAGCCUGUCGCCCUACUGCUCCACGACUCCUGAGGGCUUCGGCCUGACGCAGGACAUGCCGUCCCCGUGGCCGAGGCCAGAGAUCGUGACGCUGCCGGGGACGGAGUACAGCGUGAUGGGACAUCCCGGCCUGUCCAACGGCGUCCCCGCUCCUGACACCAACCGCUCUCCACAGGAUUUCUACACCUGCGUCCAGCUCAUGAAUGAAAGUGGCGAGGUGCAUCUGGUGCCGUGCCUGCCGCCGGCGUACUGCCGGGAGUUCCCGCCUCUGCCGAGGGUCGACUUAGACGCAGAGGAGAAGAUGAAGAAGCUGGCCGACUACCACGGCAGGAAGAACGCGAUGAAGCGGAUGAAAGAUGGCGGCGAGGCUGAGAGGAACGAGGCGGCGGACCCCCUGCUGCCGGUUGCUGUUGACAACCAAGGCUGAGCAGAAGAGACACCCACAAAAACAUGAAUAAUGUGGGAGCUGAAUGUGCUGAAACAUGGACGCUGUCGCCGCGGCAAGCUGACUUCCUUAAAAACAGGAAUUGAACGCGCAAGACAUCAGCUUUGAAAAGAAGCAAAAGUACGAACCUCGCACUGCAAACACGUCACAAACAAAAACACAAUUCAGACUCUAUGAAACACGAUUCCUGGUGCAAUAAACAGCUUCGUGUUUUGGUGACAAACUCUUCUUUUUGUAAGUAAAUGUUCCUCUGGACGUCGACGUCUUUCUGUUUGUUUUGGUAACCUGUCCAGGAACUGUUGUGUAGUUUAGGGGACCAAAAUCGGGUGUUGUUGAAGCUGCAGGUGACAAGAUUUGAUUUUGAAAAUCCAAAUAUGAAAAUAACCCGAAGAGAUAAAACUAAACGAAGGCCUAGUCCACACGUACACCGGUGUUUAUGGAAGCAGUUCGUCCAGACGAGCGUUUUGGCACCUUUACAGAAAUAAUCUCCAUCCAUAUUAAUACACCUGAAACACAUAUCUCAGGGCGCCUCACCUGCACCGCGCACAGAUGCAGUUUGUGUACUUUGUGAUUCAUCACAGAAAAGACGACCCAGUCACCAGGAUGAAAUAUUAGCAGGAGACAUUUUUGCAAACCGUGUUUGCUUCUUUGUCAACUAAAGAAGUUCAUUCUGACAGGAACUCUUUCUGUGCCGCCAAAAACCAGAUUCACCAGGACGUCAGACGUCAGGCCAGCUGCCAGCGUGUUCGUGGAGACUAAAAAUUAAUAUCAUGGCAACAAAAAACUGACAUGUUCGAUUGGAAGUCGGGCUUCUUGCGACCUCUAACACUGUGUGUGUGUGAAUGAAAGGCCAAAACACUUUGUUUUAAGAAAUACAUGUUUGUGUGUGGAUGGAGCCAAAACUUCUGCCACAUGAUUUAUAGGCGGGGAGGUAAUGAAGGACGCAGCACGCAGAUGCUUUGUGCAGCUUUCAGUACGACAAACAAGAACAAACUGCGACAUAAAUACCACAUUACCACAUGCUGCUUCACCGCAAAGCUUCACAUUCAGGACGUCUUUCUCAGGACAUGUGAUGUUGACGGGUCUGGAAGAGAAAGAUUAACUGCUGUUUUUAUUUAGCAUUCAGACGAUGUGUUUGUGUGUUUCAUGCACUAAUACUCCAGAUUUUAGCCUUACCUCAUUCUUGUUGAGACCUAAAGCUUAUUUGCACAUUCUGCAGUUUUCCUUUUCUUGUUGCGUUCGAGUUUCCAUGCGAUUUUCAUAUUUAUUAUACAGGCUUACGUCAUUAUUAUACAUCCAGAAGUAUAUAUUUGUGCCAACUCGUUAAGGUUAUAUUAGAUUUUCCUGAACGUGAGUGGAAUAUUAAUCUGCAUGUAAAGGCACUGAAUCUGAAUCUGUCUCAUUAUCUCAGUCUCACCCUUCAGUACAGUCUGAGCGAUAUUUGACUGAGGAGCUUCAGAGGUAGUAACUCUCAGGAAGAUAUAAGCUGUGAAUUUAAGGGGUUUAUGUCAGACACUGUGUUGCUCUCUGAACGCUCCAAACGUUGCAUCUUUUAUUCCAAAAGAAAGAUAAGAAGAGUUUCAAAACAAGGACCAAUAUUUAAAAAGUUGCAGUCCUGUUUAACAAAUUGAACACGAUUACACAAAUAUAUUUGUGUAUAUAUUUUAGAGAUCCCAAAUGACCUCAGAAAGGGUUUAUUUUGAAAAUAUGUGGCCAACAAACUCAGUAUUUGUACAACUUGCAUGAGAAGAAUUGUUUCUGUACUUGGAUCUCUGAGGUGUUAAUGAAAAGGAGGUGGCAGGAUAAGAGCAUUGUAAGAGUAAUUCGAACCAACAUUAAUGUAAAAACAUUAACUGGACGUCUGCCAGUGGCUGGUCUUUGGUGCCAUCCAUUUUCUGCUGGAUCCA